CUUGAAUUUACCGAAAUUUAGAUUGUUCCCUAGCAUGACUCUACGUCUUUUCUUCUGAAUAUACGUUGCUAUUGUUAUUAACUCUAUCUCCCAGCUGCUGUCCGCAGCUGAACCCGAAUCUAAUUGAAUCCUUUUCUUUUCGUCGCCGUUUCCAGUCACAUUGAGCCUUCGACGCCAUGGCCACGAAUUCGAUCAAACUUCUGACUGGUAACAGUCACCCUGAACUUGCGAACCUCGUUGCUGCUCGGCUCGGCAUCGAGUUGACCAAGAUCAUGGUCCUGCAGUAUUCGAAUUCGGAAACAAGUGUCACAAUUGGUGAAAGUGUACGAGACGAGGAUGUGUUCAUCUUGCAGUCCACGAAACCCAACGAUAUCAAUGACGGAUUGAUGGAGCUUCUUAUCAUGAUCAAUGCUUGCAAGACUGCCUCGGCCCGUCGCAUCACGGCUGUCAUCCCCAACUUUCCCUACGCGCGUCAAGAUAAGAAAGACAAGAGCCGUGCGCCGAUCACCGCGAAGCUGAUGGCGAACAUGCUCCAAACCGCCGGCUGCAACCAUGUUAUUACGAUGGAUCUCCACGCCAGUCAGAUCCAGGGUUUCUUUAAUGUCCCUGUUGAUAACUUGUAUGCCGAGCCUAGCAUGUUGAAGUGGAUCCGGGAACACUUGGAUGUGAAGAACUGCGUCAUCGUCAGUCCCGAUGCCGGUGGUGCGAAGCGUGCUACGGGGAUUGCGGACCGUCUUGACCUGCAAUUCGCUCUGAUUCACAAGGAACGCCCUCGUCCCAACGAGGUCUCGCGCAUGGUUCUCGUUGGAAACGUCAAGGACAAGAUUGCGAUCAUCGUUGACGACAUGGCUGAUACAUGUGGUACUCUCGUCAAGGCCGCCGACACUGUCAUGCAGCACGGUGCCAAGGAAGUCAACGCCAUUGUCGUACACGGCAUUCUCUCCGGAAACGCCAUUGAGAACAUCAACAACAGUUGCUUAAACCGUCUCGUCGUGACCAACACAGUGCCCCACAAGGAGAAGAAGGAGAUGUGCGACAAGAUUGACACCAUUGAUAUCAGCCCUACGCUGGCAGAGGCUUGCAGACGCACACACAAUGGUGAAUCUGUCAGUUUCCUGUUUUCGCACGCUGUUGCGUAGAAUUGUGCAGAAUCGGGGAAUUUUGAUGUCAUCGGAGAGGUACUCCAGACCCGUUCAAUAUGACGGGUCGAAGGUGGCUUCUUGUUCUUGACUGCUCUGUUCUACCGCUGCAUUUGUGUUUUCUUCUACGGAAGUUGUCAAUCAGCUUGCUCUGUUUUUUCUUUGUCGAGCUUUGUAGGGCAUGUUAACCUCGGCUUUUCCUCGUUUCUUUUCUAUUUAUAACAUGAAUACUGGACAUGAUGCAUGAGACACAAGUGAAUGGAUGGAGGGAAAAGUAGGCACUUUGCUUCUGAAUUUGAAAUCUAUACCUUUGUACAUAUUUAGAGUACUGAAUGGCUGCCGGCUGCAUUUUUGAUUGCUUUGAUGCCUGUACACGGCGCGGCACCGACGAUAUGGAGUUUGUUGCUUAGAGCUCAAUGGCUAAUCAAAUCGAUACCUAUU